CAGUGUAUAGUAGCCUGGCCCUGCCCGCGCCGCCGCCGCGCGACCAUUCUCAUUCCCCGCCAGUCGCACGACGCACGAACUGUGUACCGCGCUGCACUCUAAAAUGUGUCCCGCGCCCACAGUGUGCUAAUCUCCAAGUGUCAGUGUUUGUGAUAAAUAUACCUACCUACACAUUAAAAAACUUUGUUUACCCCGACCCGUUGAAGAUCCCAGAGGAUGAUGGCUCCCGAGACAGUAGUGACCGUAGACCACAACAAACCCACGCCGCAGCAAGCCCCGCCGCAGCAACAGGGCAAACCGCUGGACUGGAUCAAAAUUAACACAGAAUAUUUCAAAACACCACCUGGCCUGCUGAAAAUCAUCGAACUGAUCCUCGGUAUCCUUUGCAUGUCGCUGGCGUCCGCGUGGCUGUCGGCCUGGUUCGUGUUCGUGGCGGUGACCAGCUUCAUCACCACCGUCAUGUGGAGCAUAGUCUUCCUCCUCAGCGUCAGGGAGGCGCUCAGGAUCCCUAUUAACUGGGUGCUAUCGGAACUCAUUAGCACGUCCAUUGAGACGGUGUUCUACUUCAUCGGCUUCAUCGUACUGUUCGCGGCCACGGCGGCGUACAAUACGAGUUUGUAUAGCUACGGAGCCAACGUAGCGGCUGCUGUAUUCGGUCUGUUCAACACGGUGGCGUACGCCGGCAGCUCGUACCUGCUGUUCCAGGAGCACCGGAGCUCCGCAGGUGCGGGCGCCGCGUGAGCCUCACUUUCUGCCUCCAAGUAUAAUAUACGAGCCGGCGACCACAAAGUGUUUCUCUUCGCAGUUACUCUCAACUGCGAGCUCACCUCUAUUUAUAAAUCUCAAAGUCGUAAUAUUAAGUGUUUUAUGAUUCAAGUAACCUUCUGGAUAUUAACAACAUUAAUUAAUAUCAUCGACACUUAGUACAUUCGG